AUGGCGGAUUCCACGAGCCAGACGGAGCAUGGCUAUGAUCAUGAUAACUUGCGCCAUGUGGUGAUUACUGCAACUUGUUUCGCAUUCAUUUUAUCUACCACUGCGGUUGGGUUCCGGGUUAUUUCUCGGGGUAUCAAUGGAAGUGGUCUUUUCGCAGAUGAUUGGCUUAUCAUCUUUGCAUUGCUGUUCGAAUAUGGGUUGGCCGUAGCUGGCGUGGUGAUGCUCUACAAUGGACUCGGAACACACAUCAUCUAUCUCAGCCCGGAACAGAUUGUCACUUACCUCAAGACACUUUUCACAGGGUCCAUCCUUUACACCGGAUGCAUUGCAUGCAUCAAACUCUCCAUUCUUAUGUUAUAUCGACGCUUGUUCCCAGUCAAAUCCAUGAAAUACGCUGUCAACAUCGUGGGUAUGAUUGUGAUCCUAUGGGCUGCCUGUGGUAUUAUUGCUGGAUGCUUCAUCUGUAUCCCAACUGAGAAGCUUUGGCAUCCCAUGAUGCAAGGUGGUUGCAUGAACCUGUCCAAGUUUUACUAUGGGCUUCAGAUUCCAAAUAUCGCCACUGACGCUAUUAUCUUGGUAAUGCCUAUGCACAUUGUAUGGAACCUUCCUAUCUCCAAGGCACAGAAGGUUGGACUGUCUGGUAUUUUCGUUCUGGGAUUCUUGACCCUGAUAUUCGACAUCAUCCGCCUAGUCGUCUUAGUUCAACUAUCCGAAAAGGGCUCAGAUGUUACAUACGAUCAAGUCCCAGCAAGUGUCUGGACAUGCAUCGAACCAGCCGUUGGAAUCGUCGCUGCCUGUCUAUCCAACAUGCGCCCCUUGUUCAGGUUCAUCCAUACUAAGGUCUGGACCAAGCUGUCCAGCCGGUAUGCCACCACAAACAGCACCAGCCAGUCUACGAUGAUCAACACUGUCACUGGCCAUGAGAAGAGUGGAUGGGCGCGUCAGACUCCUAGUCCUGAUGCUAACCAGCGGUUUUCUCCUAGCCCCAGUGGUGAGUCUGUUGAUUCAUCUGAUCAGUCGCCAUCUCAGUCGCCGAGGCACUUGCCAGAGCAUACUACUGCUCAUACUCAAUCGGCGGUGUAA